AUGGCCAUCACGGAUCUCAUGUUGGUCAAAGCAACGUUUAAGCUGAAUCGAGGCCCGUCAGUGCCGCAGUUGUUGUUCUUUGCUCACACAGAGGAGGUCAUCAACUCGGUUACAGGGGGUACAGCGCACGAUGGACUAGUGAGAGAUAGGAAUGACAAGGUGCGAGCUGCUGUUGUGGACAUGUUGGAGAAGAUUUUGGUAAAUGGUGUGGAGAUUGAUUGUGAGAAUGUGAAGGCGAUGAUAGUGGGCAUCGCAGGGGAAACGUCCGUUGAGGCUGAGGAGGAGUUGAUAGCAACGCUGACGCCUGACUGGGAGAAGCGGACUCUGGCCCAGUUGAUGGUUAUGGCUGGUGAUGAGAAAUUGUCGGCUCGAGCAUUCGAUGCUCUACAUAGAGUAGCAGUCCGUAAGCGUGAGGGGUUGCUGGAUCUAACGAAAGGGUUCGAGAGUGGCGCUUGUACUGCGUUGAGAAACUUCUUGACGAUCCCUCCUCGCCCCAGUGACCUGCCAGAGGGUGGUCGCUUCGAUGGGAUCCGACCGAUGCAGCGAGAGGAGGUGUGCAAGUCGGAGGAAUCACGAUGGUACGCAUCUAUUUUCGCUGAGUCGUUGAUCCGCUUUGCUUUGAAUGGCAUGAUCGAGUGGACAGCCUCCACUGGUAUCAGAGAGCAAACGAUAAACAUGUGCAUAGCAGUGAUGAUGAUGAUUGACAUCCAGCAGACCAUCCCGUUCGUCGAAGAGCUCAUCAUCCAUCUAUACAAAGCCAUCAGGGACGACGAUGUUGAUGCUGAGAAGAGAGUCACCCACGCUUGCCGCAUCCUGUUUGGAGUGGUUGUGAAUCGACUUGGUGGUGAGUGCUUCGACAAGAUAGUGAACACGAUGGCUCAGCAUGUUGGAUGUGUGUUGGAUGCGAAGAGAGAAGUUGCGCAGGAUGGUAACUUCUGGGAUGAGGAGAAGUUGGGGCGAGUGACGAGUCGAGUGGUGGGGACAGCGAGGACGAUGAGUCAUUACAGAGUGACUACUCGUGAGGGAGCUCAGGACCUCCUUCUCCUAUUGGGCGAUGGUAUCGAAGUCCAUGCGGGCCAUAGUAUCCGCACUGACGUUCUCUCUACCAUUCUCGACAUCAUUCACACCUGCCUCACUAUUUCGGUCGAUACCAUCAGUGGGAUCCCUCGAGUGCUUAAAGGGAUGCUCUAUCUCGAGGCUGAGUCCCGGAAGGAGAAGGGCACGACAGGUCUAACAGAUGCUCUCGUUACUCGUGUAUUCAGCCUCCUAUUGCAGUGCUUGGCCUCUUUGGAAUCUUCCGAGGUCGAGGAGUGCAUAUCCUUAUUAGCUCUUCGAGAGGGAACUUCCCCAGCAGCUGUCUAUGAUAUGUAUUUUGAUGUUCAACUGUCGGGGAUAUUAUCCGAAAGUAUGCAUGAUAACUGGGCCGACUCCGACCCCACUCGGAAGAUGCUGCAUGAGCUAUUGAUCCGCAGCUCUGAAGAGAGCCUAGCGAAGUGUUUAAAUGAUGGGAAGGAGGAGGAGGGUUUGGGAGGACAGCUCAUGAAGAUGCUGUGCUACCAGUCGAAUCCAGAACAGUGCACACCGAGCUGCCGUGUGGAUGUCAUUGAGAUCAUUUACGACAUCGCCAAAAGAGCCGCUGAAAACCGCGGGCCCCUACUGGAUGCUUUGAAGGCUCACGGCAUUGCUACUAUUACGGAGCCUCACAAUGUUGCUAUCGGGUGUGUAUCGGUCACCCUCGACUUGCCUAUAGCAUCCCCUCCUGUUGUCACUCUCCUCAGAGGAGUUAUUCUCCCCAACUUGAUUUGGCGACCAGGCCAGGCGAAUACGAGAAUACGAAAGGCGACUCUGGUGGCCCUUCAUGCACUAUUCCCGGCUGUCGACAGCUGUUGGAUGAGAUUAAUCGCGGAAGAGUUGUUACCUCUCGUGAAGAGCUGUCUAGAUGAUUCCUUCACCCCUGAUAAUCGUCAUCUCGCCACCACUGUUGUUAUUGAUAUAUUUGAGAAGAUGCUCGUGGACGGUGACCAGCAUUGUGAUGAGUUCGAUGCGGAGGUCCUCAGAGAAUGCUAUCCCGAUAUGCUCAAACGCUUGGAUGACAGUGUGGACGAGAUCCGGAUAUUAUCGUGUCGAGCAUUGGAGGUUCUGAUGGGGAUUUUGGCCAGCAGGCCGGGUACCAUGAAGGCUCUGUCGAACAGCGUCUUUGGGUACAUCGUGCGUGCUUUAUUCGUCCACUUGGACGACAGUAAUAUGCAGCUAUCUAAAGCCGUGUAUGCUACUUUGAGGAAGGCGUCCAUGGCGGGUGGGAGCGCAUUCGAAGCGGAGGUUGAUACGGCAGCUGCUAACUCUCUCCAACCUGACCUUUGCCUCUCCCUCCUCAAGAAGGAAGUAUCGACAUAA